AUGGGUAUUUGCCAUUGUAGCAAAAGUAAUUAAGGAGAAUAAAAAUAAGUGAAGGUGAAGAUUGGAGGAGGGGAAGAUGGAACUUGCACAUGGAAAGUAUACAGAGGAGUUACAGAGAAUAAUUUAGUAACAACAUCAGGAUGGGAAAUGAAGUUUGAACUAGCUGCAAAUGGAACAAUAAGUGGUGGAAAUAAGAAUGACAAUGAAGAAGGUGCUUAGAAAAAACUAUAUGCUGGAACUCUAAAAAAUGGGAUAUUAGAUUGUAUUGCUACUUUUGAGGAUGGGGCUUAAAUAAAGUAUGAUGGUCAAAUGGAUGGAUCGAUAAUGAAAGUUACAUGUAAAGUGAUAAAAGGAAGUAAUAAAUUUCAUUAGGGAGAUAUUGCAGAUUGUGUUGGACCUGUAAAAUAUGAUUGA